ACACGACAAAGGGUUUCGACUUUCAUCUUCAAAAGUCAACGAACUAAUAAAAAUCCCGACAAAGAUCUUUCCUUUUUAACUUCUAACUUCGUUGUAAUUCUCUGAAGAACUCUCAGCUUCUUCGAUUCGCUGAGACUUGAGAGGAUGCAGCAGUGAAGAGAAUCUCAUCUCAAUUACAAGAACCAAAAAACGGACUCUAUGGCUGCUGCUGAUACAACAGCCUUAAGUUACUGGUUGAACUGGAGGGUCCUCCUCUGUGCAUUAAUCAUCUUAGCUCCGUUAGUAUUAGCAUCAAUCCUGAUCCGGAGAUACGAAGGCAAGAGAAGAGAAGGAGUAUCCUCCGCUGGGACGUUGUUCAAACACGAAGCUUGGAGCACGUGUCUUAAAACAGUCCACCCUCGUUGGUUGCUUUCCUUUAGAGUAUUCUCGUUUGUCGCAAUGCUGUCUCUACUCAUCGCCAAUGUUGUUAUCCAUGGAGGCGGCGUGUUUUACUUCUAUACUCAGUGGACGUUUACUCUUGUCACACUCUACUUUGGGUAUGGUUCGUUGUUAUCUAUUUACGGAUGUUACAUCUACAAUGAAGAAGAGAGUUAUACUUAUACAAGUAUAGAUGAUGCAGAACAAGGCACUUAUAGACCACCGUUCACCCUUGAAGAGGCAACAAACAACUCAAAACCUUGUAGUACACAUUCAGAAGCAGCGGGGUUUUGGGUUUACAUCUUUCAAGUCCUGUUCCAAACUUGUGCUGGGGCUGUUGUGCUAACAGAUAUUGUGUUUUGGGGAUUAAUCUACCCGUUUACCAAAGGUUACAGACUCAGUUUUCUCCAUGUUUGUAUGCAUUCUCUCAACGCAGUUUUUCUCCUCGGUGACACAUGUCUCAACUCUUUGCGGUUCCCGCUGUUUAGGAUCUCUUACUUUGCAUUUUGGAGCUGCAUUUUCGUCGCUUACCAAUGGAUAAUCCAUGCUUUCAUGAACUUACGGUGGCCAUACCAAUUUCUUGAUCUGUCGUCACCGUAUGCACCCUUAUGGUACUUGUGGCAGGGAUGCAUAUACCGUGCUUCGCCGUCUUUGCUUUGAUCAUAAAGCUGAAGAACUCUUUGCUAGAGCGUCACAGCGCGUGAUAUGUUUGGGUUCCCUCUUCUAUCUGUUGAGACACAUGAGGACUCCAUGGCCAAAUUCAAACACAAAGCCAGAGAAACUCAAACCAGAAGAUAGAGUAAGCCCAAGGUAUCUCAAGUUUACAACAAGAGUCCAAAUAACAUUAUAGUCAGGAUGACAAGUGUCUCAAAUCAAUUAUAUAUUUUUUUUGUUUAAAUAUUUUACUCUUGGAUGUAGUACCCUUGUUGUAAAGAUAGCUUCACAAAACUAAUAAUAACAACUUGAAAACUAA